AUGUCAACAAACUCCAAAGCAAAUCCUCGGAAGCUGAGACGGACGCAAAACGCAUGCGUUGCCUGUCGGCAGAGUAAGAUCAAGUGUUCCGGCGAGGAACCAUGCACAAAUUGUCGACGACGGGUCAUGAAGUGCAGGUUUGUGGAAGCGGGGAACAAGGUCAUGGUAGCAGAGAGAUAUUUCCAGGAACUGCAGAGCCAGGCUAGACUUCAGCAGCAGCAUACAUUUGCUGUUAGGACUCCAUCUGAAAGUACCUGUCCAGAGGAUGUUUGCCCUUCGGCUGAGCAACCACAGCAUCAGUCGAUCGACCAUACAAGGAGUAUCUGGACAAGUCCGUUCAGCCUUCCUUCGAGAAUUGUUAAGGAUGCUCGUGACAACAAUCGCAAUUGGAUUUGGCUUGCUCCCUCUUCGCUAUGGUCGCUCACUGCACGACUCAAGGUCAUGAUAACAGAGAAACUUGGUCUUGAACCUCUUAACAAGAGCCUCGGCUUUUUGGAAGGCGACGUAUACGCCUUGCAAUGGAGACCCGCUGCACCAAAUGAAUCACCUGAUAUAAACGGCCUACCAUCAAUCGAUCAGGCUCUCUAUCUUUUCAACACAGUCAAGUUCCAUCUCGGCCAAAUAUAUCGAUUCUUUGAUGACGAUGAGGCAUUUGUGAGUCAUGUCCGUGAAUUCUAUUGUGGUGAUGCAGCCACAAAAGCUAGCGAAUGCCGCCUGUGGUUUGUGCAAUUCCUUCUGGUUUUGGCGUUCGGAAAUGCGUUCCUGUCACGGUCAUCAAGAAACACUAAGGAUCCUCCUGGUUCAAAAUUCUUCGUGCGCGCGACAUCCCUAAUGCCGGAUCUUGCAUCGUUGUGGGGCGAUAGUUUGCUGGCUAUUGAGGUGCUUGCGAUGAUGGGGUUAUAUCUGUAUUCGAUUGAUCAUAGGGAGUCGGGGCAUGUCUAUGUCGGUCAAGCAAUACGCAUAGCACAGUUGGGAGGAUUGCAUACUCAACUACCUGAACAAGAACUUGGUUCAAGAACCUUGACGAGGUGUCGCAAUCUUUGGUGGACAUUAUACAUCAUGGACCGGCAUUUUUCAUCCUCUGUAGGAAUCCCAAUGACAACGCACGAUUGCGAUAUAACUACUCUAGUCGACCCAUCACAGCAAGACACAGCUCUCAAUCUUCAAGUCAAGCUCUCACAAAUGCUCUCGACAAUUCUGGCGACAAUAUACAAGACCGAAAGAACACAGCUGGGAAUAUUCCUGGAACAGACACGAUCUAUUCUGCAUACAAUGGCCGGCCAUGCCCAGGAAAUUGAGAAGAUUAUUCAUCUCAAGUUCCAGAAUUCAGUGGACACAAUGCCUCGAGGGACGCGCCAUAUAACUUUGUCAUAUCACCAGUGUGUCAUUGUCGCUACGCGCCCCCUUCUCCUAUCAAUUCUAAAGGAACGACUCGAAAAAUUGGAUCAUGGAGAAGAGGACUGGCAGAGCUUCCUGGCUCCCACCAAGGCGUUAAUUAAUACCGGAAUAAAAUCAGCAGCCAAAACACUUCAGAUACUUUCUGAUGAGGAUAGUCUUCUUGAGGUGUUCCUACCAUUUGAGCUAGAGUUUACAUACGGCGCCGCUAUAUACCUGACGAUGACAAGGACGCUCUUUCCGCGUGUUGCUGACGGCGAGACGGGCAGUCAUAAUGCACACUCAAUUUUGGAUGAGAUGAUAUGCAAGGGAAACAAACUGGCAGAAGUCCGGAAGAUGGAGUUAACGCAGAUAGAAUCUCUUUUCCAGCAGCUUGCUACGCGGAUCGAACAGCAAGGUCUUCAAGCCUUGACAUUAUCCAGUCCCGAGCAGAGUGUCAUCAGCGCCAGUACUGGUUAUAACAACAAUGAUAAUGGCCGUCAAGGAGGGGAGGAUUUUGCAACUGCAACUGCAACUGAUCCCCAGACAUCCGCGCACUGCAUGCCCGGAGAUUCUCGAUUACCGUCGGGCCUGCUUCCGCAGGAUACGAGCGAUGUCGAGUUUCUCGAGAGCAUUGGGAUAUCGUCUUAUGAGUUUCUCUCGAUUGUAGACGGUAUUGACGAUAACUUUGGGAUUCUGGAUCCAGCGCAGAGCUGGGAAGGAUGA